GAAAGCCGUCCACAUGAUACUGCAUGCGCCGUUCCACAGACACCCAAUCCCACACCCGCAAAACCGCUACCUUUCUUCCACAUCACGCGAGUUUCACAUUGCCAACAUGGCCUAUACUUCAAUGAUACGUGUCCUUUUUUCAUACAUUAACUAUUUUUUAUAAGACGCCAAACAUGAUGUGGCAUGACACGUGUCACCUUCUACCUCUCCCUUCUUCGCGACUACUAACAUGGCUUCUUCACUCUCUCUGCUCCUCCCCACUCAACUGGUGGUAUUGACUAAUCAUGGAGGUGAUUAAGGGAUCGAGUUCAGAAAAUGCCGGGGAAGAUCACCGGAUGUUGGAAGCGGCUGAGGCGUUGGCGGCGUUAGGUCAUGUUGGUGAAUCGGUUAGCGAGCGAGUCAAGGCCGAAUCAAACGCUGGUAACUCGUGUUUUGACUUAAUGGAAUCGUCCUCGAAGCGUCCCAUCAAUGUCGAUAAGCAAUCGGAGAAGACAUGCAUCUGGGCUGAAAAACCGGUGAACAAUGAAUGGAAUACAGAACUUGCGUCAAAUGUUUCUUAUUCCACAAAAUAUUCAACUUUAGGUGGCAGGAGACAUAGAAGGACUUUGACCGAGGAGUUUAUGCCUAGAACUUUUUUGAUACAGGCGGAAAAGGAAGCGUGUAAGAUACGCAGAGUACUAGCAAACAGAGAGUCAGCUAGAAAAACAAUCCGCAGGAGGCAGGCCAUAUAUGAGGAGUUGGCCAGAAAAGCUGGUGAUCUAGCAUGGGAGAACAAAAAUUUGAAAAGGAAAAAGGAGAUGGCUUCAAAAGAGUUGGACAUUUUGAAGGUUACAAACGAAUGCUUAAAAGCAAAGAUGAUCAAGAUAACGAAGAUGUAUGGAGAUCCUUACUGUUCUUCAUCAACAAAUUCUCCGAUUAUGAUGUAUAAUCAGUCAUCAUUUCCCCCUUUCACAUGGCCUCCAAUGAUUAGUCUUCUUCUUCCCCGGGCAAUCUACUUUCUGAUAGCAAGCAAAUUGUGCAUAAAAAUCAUCAAGUUCCAGUUAAAAUACCCAGUGUCCAUCCACAUUGGAAUCAAAACUCCCAGUCUGUGUAUAGACCGUCUGCAAAGAUACUUUUUUGAAAACGCUUAAAGGUUUAAUGUAUGCUGAUGUGUGCUGUUAAAGCUGGAGUGUUCCAAAGCUCUUUUCCAACCAUGAUAGUGAAUGAUUGCUAAAGCCGAAGUGAAGAUCCAAGUAGAUGAAGAAGUAAGAACAC